CUAGUGACAUGUCUGUUCAUUAAAGUAAUUACAAGUGAAGUAUUUGACUUGUUAAGUCUGCGAAUCUUUACGGAAGAUCAAAAAAGGUUUGCAUCAGUCAUCACUUGUCAACAGCCAUCGUUGUGGAAGGAAGACCAAACCGUUACCAUGUUAUCAUCAUUUCUGUCGAAUACUUACAAUUACCAGCAUCCAGACAACUCGCAUCUUUUCUUCCCAACUCCGCUCAACGUUCCCCAGUUCGCAUACGGUAGACAGUCCAUAUUUCCCCCUUCGUCGACACCAUCUUCAUCAACAACACCGACGACACUAACGACGUCAUCAUCACCAACAGACGCCUGCAGCAUGGAGGUGAAGCAAGAAGUUGAGGGAGACUCCAUUCCUGUGGCAAACACGUCCUCCGCCACCAUAAAGUUCUCCAUAGAUAAUAUCCUGGGUCUCAAGUCGGAGGCGGUCAAGAGGGACGGUGGCGGUGGCAACGUUCCACAACAACCCAUGUGUGGAGACGAGGACGACAACGACGACAACCAAGGAGCUUUGGAUGAAGAGUCUCCUAGAUUCCCCUGGCUUCAGUGUACCCGUUACAAGCCACCAAAACUGCCAAGACUAAAGAAGAAGGACGGCGUGAAAAGGAGAAAGCUCGGCCGCAACCCACGUGUUCCCUUCACUCAGCACCAGGUGGCGGUGUUAGAAGAGAAGUUCCGCCGAACUCACUACCUCAGCAGUAUGGAUGUUGCCGAACUGUCGACAGCUCUCAACCUAUCGGACAACAGGGUGAAGAUCUGGUUCCAGAACCGACGUGCGCGUGAACGUCGUGACAGAGAGGCAGCGCAGACAUCAGCACUUUUCCCGCCUAAACCCUCCCAGCCACUAAUGGUGCCCUCAGUCACGUGGCCCAUCCCUUCCACCACGACCAACACGGCUUUCGCCCAACUCCGCACAGCCAUCCAGCAGAGUCGGGGGGGCUUCCUCCCCUCAGCGUUCAGCCUGUACCUCCCCCGUCCCGCGGGCCAGGAGGGGGUCAAGUGUGGCGUGGACACAGAUGACCGUGCGGACCAGUACUGUAGUUGAGGCAGGUCGAGACAAGCGUCGUACUCGAACUGAAAAUAUUUCUGUAUGUCUGCUGCUUUGAAAAAUAAAGGUAGUAGACAUGCAUAGACUUGUAUAUCUGAAUAAGGAGAUUCAGACUUAAUGGUACCGCCGUGACCAAGAGCAGUGGUGAAAAGAUGACAGCCGGUUGGUUCACCGUAUACCAAUUACAUUACAUAGAAGAGGACAACACAGUAGAUACUGUCAUGAUUGUAAGGGGCGGUCCGGUAGUCUAGUGGUUAAAGCGUUCGCUCGUCACGCCCGAGACCCAGGUUCGAUUCAUCUCAUGGGUACAAUGUGUGAAGCCCAUUUCUGGUGUCCCCCGCCGUGAUAUAGCUGGAAUAUUGCAAAAAGCGGCGUAAAACCAUACUCUCUCACUCACUCAUGAUUGUAAACAUUUGAAGGCCCCGGGGUAUACAAAUACAGACUCGAACAAUGACUAUGAAAUCAACACCACCAGAGGCCACGCUGUGCGUAAAUAUCUGUCCAGUAAUCCGUGUUAGCAAGGUAACAUGUCACCCGAUUCUACACCUGAAUACUGACUGCAGUUCUUGAAGCCGACCAGAGCGACCACCACGGGAACAAAUCAUGAACUUGUUUAUGCUGAGCCAUGAUUAAAACGAGUGUGUCUCGUGGGGAGCGGGGUGGCGUCAUCAGCAAUGAUGACAUUCCCAGAUCUGACGUGAUGAUCACAUGGUCAACAUGACAUCGAUGUCACAAGUAAGGCAUGAGAAACUGUCAGCGUAUCGUUUGUAAAU